AUGGAUCAGCUGCAGCCUUUUAUCCUGGGUGCUCGACCUUCCCCUUCAGAUUCCACGCAACCCGCAGCGCCACUGGAUCGGCCGUCAUUCACCUUCAUCGAUCAUGAUGAUGAUUUAUCUUCGAAACGAAUUAAAGAUGUCAAUGCUCGCAAGGCCAUUCGAUCACAUGUUAUGCGCGACGUCCGCCGUCGGGAAAGACUCGCCGGACUGAAACGUACUUCUCGACGGGAAAAUCGCGGACAGCCGGUCAACGUCAAAGCACCAUGUAAAGUGCUCGAUGAGUCCGAGUCGCAAGAGGAGGACCGGAGACUGGUUUUCCGGGGUACGUCCCAACAUGCUACCCCGUCUUCCAUCUUCAGAACAGAGUAUGGUGGGGAUAUUGUUGCCAAAUAUCGUCGAGGGCGCCCGACCAGAUGGAGUGCAGGGUACCCAUUAUCAUCGCAUUUAAAUCCGAAUCCGCGCUCCUUGCCGACCUCGUGGUUCUUUGAUCCCUUUUGCACGCUGCCCGGGACCAAUGAGCUUCCUGCCAUGGUUGCACAUUUGGUAUACUAUUGGAAAACCGUUUUUGUCCCAGUGACUUUCCCCAAUGAACUCAAAGGCCAAGACACCAAGGAGGUCGAAUUAAUGGUUCGCUCUUCUUUCUCGGACACCGGUAGCUUCUUUGGCCUCAUGAGCAUGUGCGCCGCGCAUAGAGCGGCUUUGGCAGCCGAUCGUCUCAAAAGCCUACCCAUUACACGCCGCGCCGUACAGACCGGUAAUGAUCCCGAUUAUUGCAUUAUGAAGGCCAAAUGCAUUCGUGAAAUGAAUUCCAAAGUCCGCGAUCCAAAACAAGCUUUGAGUAAUGAGGCAUUCGAUACGAUUGUGAACCUCUUGACUGGCUCUCUGAUCGCCGGACUAUUCGACGAAGCCCGGAUCCACUUGACCGGCCUCAGGCGCAUGGUUGAGCUGCGAGGCGGAAUCACAGACGAAAGUAUUCGGUCAGCCUCGAUGUUGGCCGCGAUAAUCACUGCCGACGUGAAAGCUGCCUCCGGUCUGCUAGUCAAGCCCGUGUUUCCAUUGACUUGGGAUGCACAGCCGAUACCUAGCGAGAUUCAGCAACGCAUUCGACCACCAGCCUCUUCACCUCUACAUCAAAUUGGCUCUGGGUUUUUCGCCAAUACUCUUCUCAGUCCCCCACUAAUCCGAAUAUUGAACGUUAUCCGAGAUGUCAUUUUCUAUGGCAUCACUAAUACAACACCACCCUCCCCAAGGCAUUCACCGGACCACCAUUUCUUCCGUGUGCUCAAUUGCGAAUCAGAGCAUCAACUCCUGAGUUACAUCUACUGUGGCGAUUCGACAGAAAUAGGCUCGGAUAUUCCAAAGCUGGAGCUUCACCCGAUUGAAGCUGUCACGCGGGUGGCCACAAUCUGCUUCUUAAAUAACUUCUUGAUUGUCUCGCCUGCAUCCUCUGGCCUUGGCCGAGCUCUAACUAAACAUCUCGCAAAAGCCAUCAGUAAUUGUAAAUUGUCCACUCUCCUCCAUCUUCCGCAGGAGAAUUUUGGGCUCUUUGCUUGGGCGUUGUUCAUCGGAGCAAGGGGUUCUACCGGUCAGGCUGAACGACCUUGGUUUGUGGAGCGACUGGCUCGUGUUGCUAUGAUCUGCGGAUGGCAAACCUGGGAACAAUUGUCGAGAAUUCUCUCCGAUUACUUUUUUAUCCCAGCCACACAAGGCGAGGACUGGCAAUCCAUUUGGGAUGAAGCAAUGUCUGGUUUUGUGAUAUCUUCGGAUGAAUCAUGA